GCUUUUUUUUCCCCCCUGGCGAUCCCACGCUCCGCCUCUUCCGGUCCGGACGCGCGAGGAGGCAGCAGCGAGAUGCCCGGGGUGACGGUGAAGGACGUGAACCAGCAGGAGUUCGUCAGGGCUCUGGCCGCUUUCCUCAAGAAAUCGGGGAAGCUGAAGGUUCCCGAGUGGGCGGACACGGUAAAAUUGGCCAAACACAAGGAGCUGGCGCCGUACGAUGAGAAUUGGUUCUACACGCGGGCGGCUUCCACCGCCCGGCAUCUCUACCUGCGGGGCGGCGCCGGCGUGGGUUCCAUGGCCAAGGUGUACGGGGGGCGGCAGCGUCGGGGGGUCCGGCCCAGCCAUUUCAGCCGCGGGUCCGGCAGCGUCGCCCGGCGCGUCCUGCAGGCGCUGGAGGGGCUCAAGAUGGUGGAGAAAGAUCAGGAUGGCGGGCGCAAACUGACUCCGCAGGGGCAGCGGGACCUGGAUCGCAUCGCCGGGCAGGUCGCUGCCGCCAGCAAGAAACAUUGAGGAGAGGAAAUAAAAUUGGAGUUUCCUGA